AUGGCCAUGCUCUGGAUUGCCAGCUGUUUCGCUCUUGUGGCGUCUGCCCUGGGCUGUGGUGUGCCUGCCAUUAAGCCCGUGGUGAGUGGCUAUAGCAAGAUCGUCAACGGUGAGGACGCCGUGUCUGGAUCCUGGCCCUGGCAAGUGUCACUGCAGAGAUCCAAUGGAUUCCACUUCUGCGGAGGUUCUCUGAUCAACGAGUACUGGAUUCUGACUGCUGCUCACUGCACUUUUAAAGCCAGGAACGACCAUGUUGUACUUGGGGAUCACGAUCGUAGCUCCGGCGAUGAACCCACCCAGAAACUCAAGGUCCACAAGGCCAUCCCCCACCCCAAAUACGGUGCCAGCAGCCUCACCAACGAUCUGCAGCUGCUGAAGCUGUCCACCCCUGCCAAGUUCACCGACCGUGUGUCCCCCGUCUGUGUGGCCAAAACCAACUACCCCCCUCUCACCCAGUGUGUCACCACCGGUUGGGGAAGGACAGGCUCCACCUCCAGUCCUCCCGUCCUGCAGCAGGCAGCCCUGCCCCUGAUCAGCAAUGAGGAGUGUUACAAUCACUGGUGGGGCAAGCUCACCGACUCCAUGAUGUGUGCCGGAGGCUACAGCAUCUCAUCCUGUCAGGGUGAUUCUGGCGGCCCCCUGGUGUGCGAGACGUCCGGCGUGUGGACCCAGGUGGGAGUCGUCUCCUGGGGCACCAGCACCUGCAAUCCCGAGGUGCCCGCCAUCUACACCGACGUGGCCUACAUGCGCGACUGGAUCGACCAGACCAUGGCCCGCAACUAGACCUGACGCUAGAUUAACCCUAACCCUUUCCCUAACCCCGUCUACACCGACGUGGCCUACAUGCGCGACUGGAUCCACCAGACCAUGGCCCGCAAC